AUGGAUUCAUUUGGAAUCUCAAACAUCCAUAUCGAAAAGUCUAAUCCAAUCUUCCGUUACGAAACCCAGAAAAAGAUCGAAGCUCUCUUCCGUCUCAUCGAAAUGAUUCUCCUUCUCCUUGUCGUUUCCAGUUUCUCCAGUCAUAUCCCGGCCACCUUUAAAAUCUCCGGCGACUACUUCCGGUCACUUUUCGGCAUCAUUCUGAGCCCUCAGAUUGUCUUUUUAAUCGGAAAUAUCUUCGUCGUCGUUCUCUUCAUGAAAUCCGGUUUCUUUUCCAGUUCAAAUAUGAAUGAACGUAUUCAUACAGAUUUCUAUCAUGGGUAUGUGAAAAUCGGAGAGAAAAAUGUGACAUUUAAUGAACAAAAACAGAGCAGUUUAGAUAUUGCUAGAGUUAAAGAUAUACCCAAAAAGAAAGAGAGGAAGAUUGAAAGGAGCUUAUCGGAGAAAAUAACGAAGAGGAUUGAUGGAGAAAAUACGGGCAGGCAGUUGAGACGGUCGGCGACUGAGAAUUGCCGGAAGGUUAAGUGUCCUGAGGAGGAAAUGAACGGCGAGGAAUUCCGGCAGACGGUGGAGGCUUUUAUUGCGAGGCAGCAGAGGUUUCUCCGGGAAUCAUAG